AUGCGGCGUCGUCGGCGCGAUGAGGAGCAGCCAUGCUGCCCGCAGCUGGCGGCGGAUGCUUGGACGCUCGCGGUCCUUCGCUACGCUGCUGGAUUCCUCAUGGUUCGUCGCUGGGUUGCCCUGCGGCGUCCUGGGACACCCCGGGAGCGGCGCUACGCACGGCUGCCGGCGGACGUGGCGCAGUUAGCGCAGGCCUCGUUCCCUGGGAGCUUCGUCUAUGCGGUGGGCGGGGGCAACGCGCCCGAGGACGCCCGCAUUCGUCAUCUCCUGGAAGUGCUGAAAGUGAAUGACGAGAUGUGGGACUUUUGCACCACACGCUUUGACGCCGCCUUCGCCCAGGCCGUCAGUGUGCCUGACGCGGAAAGGAAGGCAUACGUCAUGGCACGGUCCUGCAGUCGCACGGCGGCGGCUUUGCGGUGCUUCUCGGAGCCCUGGGACUCGGUGCAACAUGGAAUCACUCUCGUCCUGGCAGAACUGCGCGCGAGCGCUGCACGCCAGCAGCUUUGCGAGCAGCUCCUGCAGUGGCCACAGGUUGGACCUCUCACGGCCAAAAAUAUCUUCCAGCUUCUGCGCCGGGCGCCGCUGUGCCGCGGCUUUCAUGCCGCAGCAACGCGACGAAACUUGGCGCGGGAGCGGUUUGGUUUUAGCUCCGCCGGCGCGCGCAUGUGUCUGAACUUGCUCAUCUGCGAAGCCGGGGGCCGUGGAUUUCUUCGGGAUGCCGCAGGCAUGGGGCCAAUGCGCCAUUUCAGCCGCCUUUUGGUGCACUUUCGCGGCAGCAUCUUGGCGCAAAUGCGGGCCCUCGCCGCAAGCAGUAGCACCUUGGAACCGGUCGUCCUGUCCUUUGAGGACCAGGAUGAGACCUUUUGGUGCUUCUUCCUUUGCGAGCUCUGGAAGGUUUUUGCCUACCUAGCCACUGGAGAUGUCCGGUACGAGCCCGCGUACCAGGACGAACUUUGA